CCCACUCCCCCUCCGUGCAUCCCAUCUGUGUGCAACACUUCCCCCCCGCGCUUCCUGCUUCCUGUUCCACGACGCCGCCUCGCGCAAAAAGGUCCGACAGACUCGCUCUCAUCUUGCUCUGGCAGCUCAGGCUGCACACCGGUGCGAGAGCCUUCGGCUGACUGUUUCAAUCACAUGGACCUUCUCUUGGAUGUCUUUGGUCCAGUCGUCUUGCAGAGACAGCCAGUGGCCGCCGACGGGCGGGCCGCCACGGCAGACGGGUACAUCCCCCGAGGUGGCGGCCGCCACAACACUACUACCCGCAGCACACACCGAGGCGAGAGCGACCACAGCAGCGAGAGCUUAAGGCCGGUGCUGUUAGAGGCAACCCUCCGCCUGGCGGUCUUUGUCGGCUGUGUGUAUACCAGUGUCAGGUUGACGCAGUUCCUGGGGAAGCUCAAGCAGCGGGAGGAUCAGGCAGCAACGAGGAUUUUUCUCAAGGCUAAGCUGCCCUCGCGGGUUGACAUCGAGAUGGACAGGCUCCAUUUCAACGCGCACGAGAUGGCCGUCGCUCAGGACGUCGUCGCGUCGAGCGACCUGGAAACGACGUUUGAUAUGAUCGGGGGGCUUGGAGACCUGAAAGACGAGAUCAUGGAUAUUGUGACCUUGGCGUGCUCGAGAGAAGCACAGCUGCAGGGGGUAGGCGCGCCGCGAGGCAUUCUCUUUAGCGGAGUGCCGGGAACCGGGAAAACGAUGCUUGCCCGGGCCAUCGCUAAGGAGUCGGGCGCGACGUUCAUCAACGUGCGCAUGGGGGCGGUGCAGCAGAAGUGGGUCGGGGAGGGCGAGAAGAUGGUCUCAGCUAUUUUCAGCUUGGCCAACAAGCUAGCUCCGUCUAUUAUCUUCAUCGACGAAAUCGACUGCUUCAUGAGGACCCGCAACGUCGUAGAGCAGGACCAUGUUGUACGGGUGAAGACGGAAUUCAUGACGCUGUGGGAUGGCCUCCUGACGGAACGAUCCCGUCCGGUGAUAGUUCUGGGCACUACGAACCGGCCGCUCGAUAUCGAUCCCGCCAUACUCCGGCGACUUCCCAGGCAGUUCGUCGUCGGUCUGCCCGAGACUGCUGACCAGCGGGAGCAGAUCCUCCAGCUCAUCGCCAGGAGGUACAGGCUUGCGGAAGGAGUGGACUUGGGCUGGGUUGCGGCGCAAACCGAGGGAUUCUCCGGGAGCGAUCUGGACGCGUUGUUCCAGGCGGCCCAAACGGUACCCGCUCGGGAGUUUGCCCGCGCUCUUCGGGAGAACGCGCGACAGGAGCGCGCGCAGGCGCAGGCCCGGGCUAACGCGGCGGCGGCGGCAGCGGAGGCAGAAGAGGCUGCCGCGCGCCGGGAGCACAGCAGUCGAACAAGGCCCGCCGCGAAUCUUGACGCGGCCGCCGUGCUCCGCGAGACGGUGGUGGAUCUCAGCAGAAGGACCAUGGGGGCGGCGAGGAAUGUGGGGAGGAUGGCGGCGGCGGCGGCCGAGGGACACCCGCAAGGGGACGCCAUCUUGAGGGCCAUCCUGGGGCCGGCACGGCCAUCAGCGGAGGAGGGGGGGGAUACGAGACCGGCGCUGCAGAUGCGGGGGAUCUCGCAGGAUGACUUCCGCGCGGCGCUGGACAACGUGCGACCAACAGGAAAGUGGCGCGAAGCGGCGGUAGCCUUUGCAGCAGCUCGCAUGGCAGCAGCAGCAGCAGGUCGAGCGGAGCAAAGACGUACACAAGAGUAGUAGCAAGGACGGGUACCGUCCCACCUACGCGUGAAACGUGGGGUUGCAUUGCGGCUCGAAGGCGUGUUUUUGCCAUGCCAUUCCCGAGUCGCAAUAAGCCUUGAGUACAGCCUACGAGAUGUUUUCUGAAAUCGUUUGAAACGUCGUGUGGAACCGAACGCGUAGCGUGCCGUGGAGCUACAGGGGUUGGACCCUCCCGGCCGUAGUCUCUCUUCGUUUGACGGUCCCCUUGUCUUGUUCUCAUGGGGGGGGGGCGGCGGUGAAGGAGCGAGGGCGAAACUGGGAGCACGCUCCGUUGAAGUCAGGCAACCGACGUGCCAAAACUCCUUCAUUGACGCACGUCAGCAAAGACUGGUUGGUCAGUGACGGCCGUGUAAUAUGGCGGGGCCGGGCGGCCUACCGAAGGGUGUACGGAGUAGUGUACGGGCCUUGUGUAAAUGUGUGCGCAGACAUAGCAUUUCCCUUUUGUCAACUGUAGACGGUAUUUUGUUUUCCCGUGGGUGGAUGUUUGGAAGAUGCAGGGGCAGGGAUUCUAAUGAGCUAAGCGUAUAUCUUUUGUUAGAAAGGCUUACCCCAUUAGACUACUAAGUCAGCGCUGACUGAAUAGUCUAAUGGGGCAAGCCUUUCUAACAAAGCGCGUGUCGGCAGGCGUUGUGGUGCCGUUUCCCCACAUCGCAUACGCGACCUGGGACUUUUUUUUUUUUUGUCUCCCAUCAUUGGACUCUGUCGU